UUUGGUUCCACCAUCCCCGUCAGGACAAGGAUGAAGAUCAUGAGAGCAGCCAGGAUUCAUCUUGAAUGGGUGAUACCAUGGCUCACUCUCUGCCUUUUGCCACCAGCCUCCAGCACCGUCAUAGUUCAGACCAUGCACCAAAUGCCAGUAAUUACAGAAUUGAGACCAGCUCACAAUGAUCAGAUCUGCAGUACAUGGGGAAACUAUCAUUUCAAGACGUUCGAUGGAGAUUUCUUCCAGCUUCCCUCACCUUGCAACUACCUCCUUGCGUCCGAGUGUAAGGCAAGCUUCGAAAGAUUUAACAUUCAGUUCCAACGGCAGGAGACAAAUGGGGUCCCCACCAUAAAGAGGGUCACCCUGAGACUGGACGGGGUUGAUGUGGAAUUAGACAAAACCUCCAUAAAAGUCAAUAAGGAACAUGUCACUGUACCCUUCAGCAAGUUUGGCAUUACAGUUGAAAGAAUUGUCUCCUAUGUCAAAAUCGAGUCAAAGUUGGGCGUGGUCAUCAUGUGGAAUGAAGAAGACGCACUCUGGGUUGAGCUUGAUAAAAAAUUCAAGAACCAGACUUGUGGCCUGUGUGGUGACUACAACGGAGUCCAGGUCUAUGAUGAGUUUUUUAAAGAAGGGCAAUCUGUAAGCCUUGAUUAUUAUGAGGAGACCUGGAAAAACAAUGGUCCUACCGAAGAAUGUGAAAGAAGCUCCCCUCAAGACAAACGGACCUGUGAAAAUCAAACAGACCUCUGUUCGAACUUGCUGUCAGGCCCUGCAUUCCUCAGCUGUCGUAACCUGAUUGAUAUGGACUCUUUCAUCGGAGCCUGUGUGAAGGACCUGUGUAGAUGUAACAGCACUACUACAUGCUUGUGUUCGACCAUAUCAGAGUACUCCCGUCAGUGCGCUCAUGCAGGCGGGAAACCACACAAAUGGAAGACUGCAGAACUGUGUGCAAAAUCAUGCCCUUUCAACAUGGAGUAUCAAGAAUGUGGUAGUCCUUGUACUGACACCUGCAGCAACCCCCAGAGAAGCCAAGUGUGUGAGGAUCACUGCAUAGACGGAUGCUUCUGUCCAUCUGGGACUGUAUUUGACGACAUAAAUCAAAGUGGGUGUGUUGCUUUUGACAAAUGCUCCUGCACACAUGAUGGCAAGUCAUACAAACCAGGAGAAUCAUACUCAAGGGCAUGUCACAAAUGCACCUGUAACCAGGCUCAGUGGAAAUGUAUGGAUAUGGACUGCCCGGGUAUCUGCUCCGUGCUGGGGGGCUCCCACAUCUCCACCUAUGAUGAUAAAAUGUAUACUUUCCAUGGAGACUGCUCUUAUGUUCUCUCCAAGGAAACUAAUGGGAAUUUCAGUGUGAUUGGUGACCUGGUCAAAUGUGAAAUAUCAGAAGAAUCUACUUGCUUGGGUGCAGUUACCCUGACCCUGCCUCAUAACAUGAAGUUUGUAGUGCAAGCUAACGGGCAUGUUAUGUAUAACAAACUGAGGACUCCGCUGCCUAUUUUCAUGGAUGACAUAACAGUCUUCAGCCCAUCGACAUUCUACAUUGUAAUCCACACCAAUUACGGGUUUGAUAUUGAGAUUCAGUUGACACCCAUAAUGCAGGUCUACAUCAAAGCCAGUGUUCAAAAGAAGGGACAACUCAUGGGUCUUUGUGGAGAUUUUAAUGAUGUUGAAGCUGAUGACUUCAGAACCACAAAUGGAUUGAUUGAGGGAACAGCAGUGACAUUUGUCAACACAUUGAAGACUAAAAUAAGCUGCCAUGAUGUUGCAAACAAAAUUAAGGACCCCUGCACUUCGGGUAUAUACAAAGAGAAUUAUGCCAAGCACUGGUGUGGGAUGCUGUCAGACCCAAGAGGGAUUUUUGCAAAGUGUCAUUCUGAAAUAAACCCAGAAGACUAUCAGGAUUCUUGCAUUUAUGACACCUGUGCCGGUCAAAAAAGUGAGGAGUUCAUGUGUGCAGCUAUAUCCUCUUAUGUCCAUGCAUGUGCUGCUGAAGGCAUCCUGUUGCAUGGAUGGAGGAACACCAUGUGCAAGAACUACACAACUGUCUGCCCUGCUACUUUUGUGUAUGACUACCAAAUGACAAGCUGUGGUCGCACCUGCCGCUCACUUAGUCAGCCAGACUUAACAUGUGACAUUGAGUUUACCCCAAUGGAUGGCUGUGGCUGUGCCGAAGGAACUUUCCUGAAUGACAAAGAUCAGUGUGUGCCAGCCUCACAAUGCUACUGCCAGGUGGGAGACAUGCUGGUGCACCCAAAGCAAUCCAUAACAGUCAAUGGACAAACCUGCUCGUGCCACAGUGGAAUACUGAAUUGUAAAGGAAGACACAUAGAAGAAUCAUGCAAAAAGCCAAUGGUUUACUUCAACUGCUCCAGCUCACAGCCAGGAGAGAAGGGAUCCGACUGUCAAAAGAGCUGCCAGACACUGGAUACAGAGAUAUGUGCCAGUGCACAUUGUAUGUCAGGCUGUGUAUGCCCAGCUGGCCUGGUGUUGGAUGGUAAGGGAGGCUGCAUAAAGGAGAAUGACUGUCCCUGCACAUAUAAUGGAGAAUCCUUUAAAUCUGGAGAGAGUGUCACUGUAAACUGCAAUACCUGCACUUGCAAAAGCAGAAAAUGGAAAUGUACAGAUCAUGAGUGUGGUGGAUUCUGCACCAUAUAUGGAGAAAGCAAUUACAUCACUUUUGAUGAGAAGAAAUUCUCCUUUAAUGGGGACUGUAGCUACGUCUUCAGUCAGGAUUACUGUGGAGAAGACAUGAAUGGCACCUUUAAGGUCCUAACAGAGAGCAUCCCAUGCGGUGGGAGUGGAACCACCUGCUCCACUGCUAUCAAGCUUUACUUAGGGAACAACGAAAUUGUUCUUUCAGAGGAACGUGUCAGAGUUAUCAAACAAAGCAAGGGGGAGGACAUACCCUAUAAGGUCCACACUAUGGGAAUAUAUCUUGUCAUAGAGGCAAAGAAUGGACUUGUUCUUAUGUGGAAUAAGAGGACAACACUCAUGAUCAAACUCAAGUCAAAUUUCAAGGGAAAAGUCUGUGGUUUGUGCGGGAAUUACGAUGGAAAUAUCAAGAACGAUUUUACCACCAGAAACAAAGAAGUUGUGGUUGACGCCCUUGAGUUCGGAAACAGCUGGAAAGUGUCACUUAACUGUCCUAAUGCAGACGCAGCAAAAGAUCCCUGCAGUCUUUACUCAUACAGGAAGGCAUGGGCAUCAAAACACUGUGACAUUAUCAACACUAACGUAUUUGCUAGUUGCCAUUCGAAGGUGGAUCCAAAAAACCAUUAUGAAGCCUGUGUGAAAGACACGUGUUCCUGCAACACAGGAGGAGAUUGUGAGUGUUUCUGCUCGGCUGUCGCAGCCUACGCAGCAGCCUGUAAUGAGGCCGGAGCUUGUGUGAGAUGGAGAACUCCCACAAUCUGCCCAAUAUUCUGUGAUUAUUAUAACCCUGAUGGAGAGUGUGCAUGGCACUAUAAGCCUUGUGGAAAACCAUGUAUGAAGACAUGCAGAAAUCCCUCCGGAGAAUGCUUCAACCACAUUCCAGCAUUAGAAGGCUGCUAUCCAAAUUGCCCGCCCGAACGACCUUAUUUUGAAGAAAAUGACAUGAAGUGUGUGUCAAAGAAGGACUGUGGCUGUUACGAUGACGAAGGGAAUCAUUAUGAAGAAGGGAAGCUUUGGACUUCAAAAGAUAACUGUCAUUACUGUAAAUGUUCUUCAACAAAGGUGAAGUGCUACUAUGAUAAGUUUGCUUGCAAUUGUAGCUAUGAAGGGCAUAUUUACAAGUAUGGAGACACUGUCUAUGAAACACAAGAUGGAGAUGGAACCUGUCUCAAGGCUGUUUGUGGAGAGAAAGGAAAUUUGACAAGAACCAUAACUAUUUGCAUUACAACACCAUCCACAACAUUCAGUUUUGGGCCCAGCUCCACAACCACCACAGAAACAGAAGAACCAACCACGACAUCCACAGUAACUAAAAAUCCCACCACAACAGCCACAGAAAAGCCCAGCACUACUGCUGUCACAUUGCCCAAAACAUAUACCACCACAAUAACAGAAGAACCACCCACAACACCCAAUGACUGCUAUGAUUGUAAGUGGUCGGAUUGGAACAACAAUAAUUACCCUGGUUUUUCCCAAGAUUCUGGAGAUUAUGAAAAAAUUGAAAAAAUUAAGGAUCUAGAUUUGAGUGUUUGCAGGAAACCUUUAGAAAUAGAAUGUAGAGCAAAAGAUCAUCCAGAUUUAACUUUGGACGAAGUAGAUCAAAAAGUAACAUGCACCCCAACAGAUGGACUAAAGUGUCAUAACAAAGAUCAAGGUGUAGUUCCCAAAUGUUAUGACUAUGAAAUACGAGUGAGGUGUUGUGUUUACAAGUGUAACAUUUCAACCACAAUUGAACCCUCAACAACACCAACAACCAUUGUCACAACCACUCUAACAGGAGAACCUACUACAACAAUCACAGGAAAGCCCAGCACUACCACUGUUACAUUCACAGAGAAACCAACCACCACAACAAUCAUCACAAAAACACCCAGCACAAUAACAGCAAUACUGACCGCAACAUCGGUAAUCACUGAAAAACCCACCACAACCACUACAGUCACUGAUAAACCCACCACAACCAGUACAGUCACUGAAAAACCCACCACAACCACUACAGUCACUGAAAAGCCCAGCACUACUGUUGUCACAUUUUCAGAGACACCAACCAUCAUCACAAAAUCCCCCACCCCGAUAACAGAACUGACCACAACAAUCAUUGCCACAGAAAAGUCAAGCACUACAUUGUCCACAACAUUAAUGGAGUCUACCACAACAAUCAAUGACUGCUAUGAUUGUAAGUGGUCGGAUUGGAACAACAAUAAUUACCCUGACUUUUCCCAAGAUUCUGGAGAUUAUGAAAAAAUUGAAAAAAUUAAGGAUCUAGAUUUGAGUGUUUGCAGGAAACCUUUAGAAAUAGAAUGUAGAGCAAAAGAUCAUCCAGAUUUAACUUUGGACGAAGUAGAUCAAAAAGUAACAUGCACCCCAACAGAUGGACUAAAGUGUCAUAACAAAGAUCAAGGUGUAGUUCCCAAAUGUUAUGACUAUGAAAUACGAGUGAGGUGUUGUGUUUACAAGUGUAACAUUUCAACCACAAUUGAACCCUCAACAACACCAACAACCAUUGUCACAACCACUCUAACAGGAGAACCUACUACAACAAUCACAGGAAAGCCCAGCACUACCACUGUUACAUUCACAGAGAAACCAACCACCACAACAAUCAUCACAAAAACACCCAGCACAAUAACAGCAAUACUGACCGCAACAUCUGUAAUCACUGAAAAAACCACCACAACCACUACAGUCACUGAUAAACCCACCACAACCAGUACAGUCACUGAAAAACCCACCACAACCAGUACAGUCACUGAAAAGCCCAGCACUACUGCUGUCACAUUUUCAGAGACACCAACCAUCAUCACAAAAUCCCCCACCCCGAUAACAGAACUGACCACAACAAUCAUUGCCACAGAAAGUCAAGCACUACAUUGUCCACAACAUUAA